AUGGAGUGUGGCCACAUUCACACAUCAUUAAAAACAGGACGACUGCAGGUCUAAAGCGAGAUUUAUGUGUUGCGCACAAAACCCGGGCCGGGCACCCAAAUGUCUGCAAUGGGAUAUCAUUUCUACUGUAUAAAACGCUAAAGUGACGACAUCUGCCGUUUUUGUAAACUUUGAGAAAAUCAUGUAAUCACUUUUUUGUAUUCUUGUUCUGUAGGGUUGUCGGUCAGAGGUCAAGAAGUUAACAUUUAUCAACGUGAAAAUGAUGUCGUUCCAUGUUUCUAAUAUUUAGAGUGUUCAACGAUUCGCAACAACAAGGUUUGUCACGCGAGGCGAUUCUCUUUGAAUCAUUAUUCAUAAAUGUCCGCCAUAUAGGCUUCUUCCUGACAGUUCUUCCUCGUAACGACACACAGACCACACGCCUGUCCCACAUUCGAACAGGCACGUGCUGUAAUCCUCGCUUAUAGCAAAUGAUUUUUUUGACAUUUCUUGGAUUGCUCAACAUGUACACUAAAAUAUUGUAUUAUAUAGAUGCGCACACUCGUUCAACUCUAUCCCGCUUAAUCAUCAAACACAAAAUCGAAAAAAUCCAUCGAGAAAAAUUGGAAUAAAUUUGGAUUUGAAUUGGUUGGGAAGAUAAUUUUACAGAGUCGGGUUUCUUAUAUUAAAAGCGCACGCUAUACUGUAUAUAGAUUUCACUAUGACAAAGUAUAGCAUGCAUUUAUGCAAAUUUAAGCUUCUUCAGAUUAUUGAUCUGAUAAAGUGUCUCUUUACUGCAUACUCUUUCAAAUGGAUUUUACUAUGAUAUAGUGUUGUAACUCUAUUUCAUAGCCAUUGACCAAAUGCCAAAUUGAGAGCAAUAUUUUCAUGAGAAAAUCUCACAUACUAGAUCACAUGGAUUUAGUAUAGCUUUCAGUACAACUUGAUCAUGGUACAUAAAUCAUCAUGAAUGCAUGUAGGUCAUUCAACAGCAUAGGUAUAGCUAAGUAUAUUAACCAACAUAUUUGAAGACGAUUCCCAAUUUACCGGUAAACCUAUAGCUAAGAUAGACAGGAGUGGAUUUAAAGGGGGGUGCACAGGGGUGCGCACCCCUGUUGGCUUGGUUAACAGGGGUGCAAGGGGGGGAGGUGCAAGAAAAUCAAAUUUAGAAAUAUGGCAUAAUUUCCAAGGUUUUUCCUUUGUUGAAGUCAAACUCAAGCUCACAAUUCAAUGCCCAUAUCGCCGGAAAUGGCAUUUCUAGGGUUCUAAUUUUCAGAAUUUUCCGGGGGGCAUACCUCGCACCCCCUAGGGCCGGCUCACGCCUUCGGCGCUUGAGUCGUUAGGAAGCCAAUUCAUUUGAAUGCUCUCCCACCACUCCCUAAAGAAUUAUAAAGAAACACUUGGCUGCUCACCCAGCACCCCUAAAAAAACCUUGCUGGAUCCACCCCUGCAGAUAGGUGAUAUGCAGGUUGUCAUUACCAGGGCCGUAGCUAGACGCGAUAAUUGGCGGGGUGUAUAUUCAUAUAUUCAUGUUCAUUAGCGUAAAAACAAUAGCUUUCAAAAGAAAUUUGUCGGGCAGAACACGAAUACAUGAAUAUACCCCCCCCCCCCAAUUAUCGGUCUAGCUACGGUCCUGGUCAUUAUAAGACCAUUGUUUAAAGUUUCUUUCGGGAUAGCUGGUCUUAUUAGCCAACUGGAUUUUUUUGUCUUUUUCUAAAGCAGGAACUGAAUUUUUCUUGACAAGUUAUGUUUUUGACAAAUUUUUAAACAGCCCUCAUAUAGGCCAAGUAAUUUCUUGCGACUUUUUCAUGAUGCCACGCAUGUUAUAUUGACCUUUGGCGAUUAUUUUAUGUGUGGAUUUCUUUUACUAUUUAAACUUCUAUAGUGACUUUUUUAUGUCAGAUUUGAUUAUUUUCAAUCAACUUUUCUGUAUACAUGUUUAUGUUAAUUUCAUUUGUCAUUAAAGUGAAUUUCUAAAGCAUUAGUAAUAUCAGACUGAACAAAAUAAUAUUAUGUUCUGAGAUUAGAAAUUGUGAAUGCAGCCGGGAAUGUAUAUAUAUUCACCACAUCAGCCGGGACUGCAUGAAUAAGAACUGAUAAGGCAGGAAUGUGUUAUGGUUUUAUGUGAAUUUUUAGGCGUUUGCCGUUUUCCAUCACGAGAAAAGUAUAUUCACAAAAAGCCCAACAUUAAUGCAUUUCCGAGUUAUGCAUGCCACGUCUAAACUCACAAUUCUAAACUCACAAUUCUAACCGAAUGAAAAAAGCUGUUGCGUGUUGAGGAAAGACCAUGCAUACAGGUAUAUCAGCAUUUUCAACCUAUAUUUUUCAAAUAUCCUUUUUCUGAUUUUCUGAUGAGGAUUGCAUGGUAAUGAAAUAGAACUGCAAGACAUGUCUUAAGUAACUUGCGUUGGCAUACGCAUAUAUGUAAAUAUGCGCAUUUAAGGAAAAAAUUGAAAGAGUUUACAAUAUCUUCACUAUACAAUAAACUAUAUAUACACUCAUGUUUCGCUCGCUACUCUGGUUUAAAUAAAUGAUUACAAAGCCCAGUCGAAUUGUAAUCAAGAGCCAACGGUUCGACACUAUAUACACACUGUUUCUUGCAUUUCAGAUUAUAUUUCAGGUUCUGCUAUCUCUGUAUAUUGCAGUAAUUCCUAGCUAAACCAUUACCGGCACUUAGUUCCCAUGCAAGUGGAGUUUGCAAAGAAAACACUGAAAGAAAUAUUGCUUCGGAUUUUCUUUGGCUGUCCUGUCUUAGCUGGUAUGCAUGCUCUAAACUCAGAGUUAAUGUGACUGUUUGUACUUAGCCAGUCCAGUCCACUACACGAAACUGCCUCUAAAGUGAAGCAAUCCAAGUUGACAUGCCUAUUUAUUAUAGCGUUGCUUGCGCACCGGCCCCUUGUGCUGCAUUUGUUUAUGAUUAUACUUGCGCAUGCUGGUUUUUGCACAUCACUAUAAGACCCUAUAAAUAAUUUUAAGUUCAAUUGCAAUUUGUCACAUUGUGACGCAUAUAGUAUUAUUUGGCUAACUAAUACAAAGCUAAUACGUAUCCCAUUCGUCAUUAUAUGAAUUCCAUUCGACUUGAAAUGCAAAUGCGAAGUAGGCUUAACUAUUCAAAAAGUAUAGUUCCCCAGAAGACUGACAAGAAUUCUGCAGUAGUUUUAAACCUCGUUUUAAAUUAUCGUGAAUUGCAUCGUUGUUAAAUUUAAUGACGCGCAUUACCGGUGGUUUUACGACGCACAUUCCGCAGAUGCCCAGGCCCUGUGACGUAGUAAUGACUUGUCAAAUCUCCGCAUAAUUUAUAGCGGUAGUAGCAAUUAGAGCUGCCUAUUAGAGAAUAAAGCUCGCAUGAAAUAACUAUUUAGCUAUCUUAUGCUAUCAGAUUUAUUUACCCAGACUGAAAUUAUAUCUUAGGUUAUUUUCUCAAUCUCCUGCUUAGGUUGACGUUUAUGGAAGACAAUGGGACGUUCUCUAAACAUCGUGUUGAUUGUCUGAGUCUCGUUUUCAUGCGAAAGACUGGCUAA